AUGCAAACUCAAGAGAAAACGAAAAAGAAUCCUCAUACAUUUACAAGGUGAAUUCUUGGAGUCUGCAGCGCAACACUUAUAGCACUCGGACCAAUUAUUAUGACACUAGGCUACCAAGCCAAUAAGUUCGGGGUCGAAAUUUUGAUUGCUGACAAAGCUUUAAUGGGAAUGGGAGGAAUUGUGUCAAUGCUAGGGAUUAUUGCUAUUGUUGGCAAUAUGAUUAAAAGUUCAAAAGUUCUGCUGUUUACUUUUUACUCAUCAAUUAUUUUAAUUAUCUUUAUUAGUGUCUUUGCACUUGGCGCAUGACUGAUGCUAAAUGAUAUUCAAGAUUUUAUUGACCGCAACUGGGAAAGCUUAAGGAAUUCAGCUCAAGGCUACAGCAUGGCAGGCUUUAAAAGACAUGCGGAGUCAGAAAUCCAGUCCCUCAUAGCGUUUUCAUUUGCAGUCAAUAUGAUCAUGAUAAGUGCUGAAGCGAAUAUAUGAAAUUUAAUUAGGAAGAAAAUCAGAGAAAGCCUUUUCCCAGUGACUAGCUUAAUUUUAAGCAUUUUAGGGAGCGCCUUGAUUGCUGUCAGUUUUUACUCAGCCCAGCAUUCUAAUUAUACACAGCUGCCAAGCUGGACGAAUUUUAUUUUUGUGUUUAUUGGUUUCAGCAUGAUGGGUCUAGGAAUUUUAGGCUACUAUGCAGCUACACAUUCAAGGCAAACCAUGAUUAUUUGGUUCGCUACGACUUUAGGAUUUAUUUCAAUUAUGAUUCUUGUAGCUGGAAUAGGCUCGAUUCUGUUAUCAUCACUUGUUAUGAAAUAUCUUGAAGAUAGCUGGCCUCAAAUAAAUGCAAACUUGCAAGAAGCUGGGUAUGAUGUAGAGAUUGAAGACUUCGGUGAAGAGUUAAAGAUGAAUUUUAAGUUUGCAGGGCUGUUUGGGAUUGUUAAUUUUUGUUUUCUGGUUUUGUCGUUUGCUGGGGCGAUGCUGUAUUUAGGGCAUCUAAAGAAAAAGCAAGAAUCGAUGAAAGCGAUAUUUAAUUAA